AUGGAAUUUAGGCUGAAGCUAAUCGAGAUAGGCUAUAUUGACGCUCUUGGAAAUAGUUUUGAUUUGAAAGGUACUGAACUCGAAUCAUGCUUUAGUUUUAAAGAGUAUAAGACAGUGGCCGAUCUGAUGGAGUUUGAUGCUGCGGAAGAAUUAAACAGCAAUGAUACUAAUAUGGAUGUAGUAGAUAGUAGUCUCAACAAGUCUGUGAAACGUAAAAGAGGUUGUUACAAAUAUUACUCUCAAGCCCAGAAACAAAGAUUCUGGAAUAUGAUCAUUGAAGAAGGGAAUUCAACGUAUAGAUCAGGUUUACUUAAUGACAUUAACUUGCAAACUGCGUAUACUUGGAAAAGGAAUUGGGAUCAGCAAGUUGUAGAGGAGAUCAAUGGCAUUUACUGA